AUGGGGACUUCUAUUGAGAGAACUUCUAGUGAGGUUAUUGUACUGAGCUUGUUGGGACUGUCUAUUCGGGUCAGUAAACUUUAUAGAGAUGUUUCGUUAGAUGUGCAAGGGGUUGUAUUUCUGGAAAAUCUGAUGGAGUUACCGUUUAGGGAGAUCGACUUGAUUCUGGGUAUGGAUUGGUUGGUUGAGCACCGAGUUAGUUUGGAUUGGGCGACUAAGAGGGUCGUUCUAAGGACCAAAGAUGAUAAGGAAGUAGUUGUGAUCGGUGAGCAUCGAGAUUAUCUGUCCAAUAUGCUCUCUGCUCUUGUGGUUGAGAAAUUGGUUCGAAAAAGGUAUGAGGCGUAUAUGGCUUUUAUCAGUGUUUCAGGUUAUGAGGACUCUUCUAUCGGGAAUAACAGAACAGUAAGGGAUUUUUCAGAUGUCUUUUUUGAGAAAUUACUAGGUUUACCUUCGAAUCAAGAAGUUGAGUUCAGGAUUGAGCUUUUACUGGGUACAGCUCUGUUCAUCGCGGUCUUCAUCGGCGAUAUUCUGGUUUACUUUAAGACCGAGGAUGAGCAUGAUGAACAACUAAGAACCGAGGAUGAGCAUGAUGAACAACUAAGAGUAGUGCUUCAGAUACUCCGAGGGAAGCAACUCUAUGUUAAGUUGAGCAAGUGUGAGCUCUGGUUGCGUGAGGUAACUUUUCUGGGUCAUAUGGUUUCUGCUGAGGGGAUUCGAGUUGAUCUGAAGAAGAUUGAGAUUGCACUUGAUUGGAAGCAGACUAAGAAUGUAUCUGAGAUUCGCAGUUUUCUGGGUCUUGCGGGGUAUUAUCAGUGUUUUUUUGAGGGGUUCUCUUUGAUUGCAGCUCCUCUGACUAAGCUUCUGCACAAGGGUGUUCCUUUUGUUUGGAUAGAUGCGCAACAAGCGAGCUUCGAGAAGCUCAAAUCCAUUCUGAUUCAGGCUCCUGUGCUGAUACGACCUGAAUCUGAUAAAGAGUUUGUGGUCUAA